UUAUAGUAUUAUAAGAUUGAACUAAUAUAUUUGAUAUAAAAUUUUUUGUAAGUGUAAAUAUGCAGAUAUUAAAGGCUUUUACACUGAAAGCGUCCACGUCACAGUUUCAAGCAUGGAGUAACGCCAAAGGACGUACUGUCAGUACGUGUAGUGCUGGUGGUAAUGACCCUAAAGGUAAAAAUCCGAAUUACAAGCCAAUCAAGAAACUCAUGGUGGCAAACAGAGGAGAGAUUGCCAUCCGAGUGUUCAGAGCAUGUGCCGAGAUGGGGAUCCGGUCGGUGGGCAUCUACAGCGAGCAGGAUAAGCUGCAGAUGUUCAGACAAAAAGCCGAUGAAUCAUACAUAGUUGGUAAAGGUCUGAAGGCUGUGGAGGCCUACCUCAACAUCCCUGAUAUCAUCAGGAUAGCUAAAGAAAACAAUGUGGAUGCCAUCCACCCUGGUUAUGGGUUACUAUCAGAAAGAUCAGAAUUCGCUAAAGCGGUCGUCGAUGCAGGGAUACGGUUCGUCGGGCCCCAACCGUCUGUAGUAAAGCAGAUGGGUGACAAAGUCGAAGCUAGAAAAAUUGCCAUUAACGCCAAGCUUCCAAUUAUACCCGGUACGGACGGGCCCGUCACAACUAAGGAAGAAGCUUUAGCUUUCUGCCAAAAGCAUGGACUUCCUGUAAUAUUCAAGGCCGCGUUCGGCGGUGGUGGUCGCGGUAUGCGAGUGGUGAAGGAUAUGAAAGAUGUCCCUGCCUUCUUUGAGCGAGCCUCGUCCGAAGCAAAAGCGGCUUUCGGCAACGGGUCCAUGUUCAUCGAGAGAUACCUCGAAAGGCCCAGGCAUCUUGAGGUGCAAGUUUUGGGUGACAAGGCUGGCAAUGUGGUGCAUCUAUUCGAGCGUGACUGCUCUGUGCAGAGGCGACAUCAGAAGGUCGUGGAGCUUGCGCCGGCACCACAUCUCGAUCCUCAGAUCAGAAAGAAGAUGACGGAUUACGCGGUGCACUUGGCGAAGUCGGUGCGAUACGAGAACGCGGGCACUGUGGAGUUCCUACUGGAUGAGAAGGGUAACCUGUACUUCAUGGAGGUUAACGCUAGGUUGCAAGUAGAACACACUGUAUCGGAAGAAGUAACCGGCGUUGAUUUAGUGCAAUCUCAAAUACGUGUGGCUGAAGGCAAGACUUUACCUGAGAUCGGUCUAGUACAAGACAAGAUAAAAGCACAAGGUUUCGCUAUACAAUGCAGGGUGACCACAGAAGAUCCCACAAAUGAUUUCCAACCUAGCACGGGAAGAAUCGAGGUGUUCAGGUCUGGUGAAGGUAUGGGUAUCCGACUGGACUCAGCAGCGACUUACGCCGGCUGCGUGGUUUCUCCGUUCUACGACUCGCUUCUUGUUAAGGUGAUCUCGCACGCACCAGACCUGCCAUCGUCAUGUGCUAAGAUGAGCAGAGCACUGCGCGAGUUCCGUAUCCGAGGAGUGAAGACCAACAUACCCUUCUUACUGAACGUACUUGAGAACGAGAAGUUCAUUACUGGUUCCGUCGACACAUUCUUCAUCCCCGAGAACCCAUCGUUAUUCGUCUUCAAGAAGUCUCAGAACCGAGCCCAAAAGCUGCUGCGCUACCUCGGACAAGUCCUGAUCAACGGACCCUCCACCCCCUUGGCCACUAAAGUACCGCCGGCUGACGUCAAACCUUUCAUUCCCGAAAUAACAGCGGAUUAUGGUAAACCAGAGGAUCCGUGUAAAUUCCUAUGUCCGAAGCGAAAAAAGAAGGAUGACCCGAUUGUCAUUCCAGUGAUUCCCCCUCCACCAAGAGGAUUCAAGCAGAUCAUAAAAGAAGGCGGUCCUAAGGCAUAUGCGAAGGCCGUACGCGAACACAAGGGUCUGCUUAUAAUGGACACCACAUUCAGGGAUGCCCAUCAGUCCCUGUUAGCGACCAGAGUUAGGACCCACGACUUGCUAGCUGUGGCGCCGUACGUCGCGCACAACUUCAACAUGUUGUAUUCCAUGGAGAAUUGGGGUGGAGCCACUUUCGAUGUUGCUAUGAGGUUCCUUCACGAGUGUCCGUGGGAGCGGUUGCGCGAGAUGAGGCGCUUGAUCCCCAACAUCCCCUUCCAGAUGUUGUUGCGAGGAUCCAAUGCCGUCGGCUACACCAACUAUCCUGACAACGUCGUCUUCAAGUUCUGUGAUUUGGCAGUCAAAAACGGCAUGGACGUCUUCCGAGUAUUCGACUCUCUGAACUAUCUCCCGAACUUGAUCCUCGGUAUGGACGCGGCUGGCAAGGCGGGCGGUGUGGUCGAAGCCGCUAUCUCUUACACCGGUGACGUGGCAGACCCCACCAAGAAGAAAUACAACCUUAAGUACUAUGUGGACCUCGCUGAUGCACUGGUGAAGGCGGGAACCCAUAUUCUAUGCAUUAAGGAUAUGGCGGGAGUGUUAAAGCCUCAGGCAGGAAAGCUACUAAUUAGCGCGAUUCGUGAUCGCCAACCAGACGUCCCAAUCCACGUUCACACCCACGACACAUCGGGUGCCGGUGUGGCCGCCAUGUUGGCGUGUGCUGAAGCCGGAACUGACGUAGUGGAUGUCGCUGUGGACUCCAUGUCGGGCCUUACCUCACAGCCCAGUAUGGGCGCGCUCGUCGCCUCGCUGCAAGGGAACAAACUGGACACCAAAAUCCCUCUUGCAAAGAUAUCAGAAUACUCAGCGUAUUGGGAACAGGCCCGCACGUUGUACGGUCCCUUCGAGACCGCAGUAACAAUGAAGGCCGGUAACGCUGACGUAUACCAAAACGAGAUUCCCGGUGGACAGUACUCUAAUCUGCAAUUCCAGGCCUUCUCACUGGGCUUGGGUAACCAGUUCGAGGAAGUCAAGAAAGCUUAUAGGGAAGCCAACCAGAUUCUAGGCGAUAUCAUCAAGGUGACACCUUCGUCCAAGGUGGUGGGUGACCUCGCGCAGUUCAUGGUGCAGAACAAGCUGUCUGCAGCCGACAUCCAGAAGCGCGCGCCGGACUUGUCCUUCCCCAAGUCUGUUGUGGAGUACCUGCAGGGAGCCAUCGGUAUCCCUCAUGGAGGAUUCCCGGAACCGCUCAGGACACAAGUACUGAAGGACAAGCCUAAAUUCACAGACAGGCUUGGCAAGGCACUGCCACCAUUGGACUUGGAUAAAUUGAAGAAGGACCUCCUAAAAGUGUUUCCAGACUUGGACGAUCAAGAUGUAAUGUCCGUUGCUAUGUACCCAAAAGUGGCGAAAUCCUUCUUCCGCAUGCGAGACCAGUACGGACCUCUCACGAAGUUGGAUACCAGGUCCUUUUUGGCCGGACCUACAAUUGGUGAAAUAAUAGAGGUCGAAAUUGAAAGGGGAAAGACGUUAGACAUUAAGACUGUCGCCGUUUCCGAAAAGAUGACCUCUGGGGGAGAGAGAGAAGUGUUCUUCGAGUUGAACGGACAACUGCGGUCCGUAUUCAUUAAGGAUGAGACCGCUACCAAGAAAAUGACGAUACACCCGAAAGCUGACAAGUCUGAUCCGAACCAGCUUGGAGCACCGAUGCCGGGAACGGUUAUUGCAAUCAAGGUAAAGGAAGGCCAAAGGGUUGAGAAAGGUCAUCCUAUUGUUGUUCUUUCGGCCAUGAAAAUGGAGAUGGCCGUCCAAGCUCCCAAAGCGGGAACGGUCAAGAAGAUUUCAAUCAAGAAAGGAAUGAAAGUAGAAGGACAAGAUUUAAUCUGCAUCAUUGAAUAGACAUCAAACGACAAACCAAAGAGUUCUGAUAAAACUGAAAUAUCAGUCAUCAC